AUGAGUUAUACAUGGAUGGGCGGCUUCCUUCAUUUGUUCAGUGUAUCCUCCAUUGUUUCUACAUCUAUAGCUUUUCUAGUAAUUGACAAGAAUGAUGAUGAUUACCCAUCGAUAGACAUUUAUAUCACAUACAUCUUGCUAGUUGGAGCAUUGGCUUUGGAAACAUAUGAGAUACUUGUUAUGCUUCUCUCUGAUCAGACACUGAUUUGGUUGAGUAUGCACAAAAAUUCAUGCGUGGAUUUUGCUUACAAGAUCAUCAAUCAUCUCCAAUAUGUGUUACGAUGGUCUUCUUUGAUCAAUUCCGAUAAGCGUUGGUCUAGUACCAUGAGAAACUACAACUUGAUAAGUAUUUGUCUUAAGCCUACUAUGAAGUCUACCCAAAUUCAGAAGCAUUCAUGCAAUGAUUUUCAUAUUGUCUCUGCAGAUUUGAAAAGGUUAAUUUUUGAACAGCUUAUGCAAAAAUCGAUGCAUGCAUUGAAUGUUAGGGCUUCUAAACAACUGUGUGCUCAAAGGGGUGAUCAAGUACUUAAGGAUAUGGGUUGUUUUGAUGAUAUUGGUUGGAGUGUAGAGAUGGGAUUUGAUCAGAGUAUUCUUUUGUGGCACAUUGCAACAGAUAUGUGUUAUUCUAUUGAUCAAUAUAAGGACGCACAUAUGACGGAAAAUCAGUACGGUAAAUGUGGCAAAUCUCUAGCAGGUUAUAUGUUGCAUCUGGUCAUGCAUCCUAGCAUAUUGCCUAGUGCAUCUAGGAUGAUCCGAUCACACAUCCAGGACACAUGCGCCGACGCCAUGAGAUUUUUUCGAGAAAGAUCCAUAUCAAAUACACGUGAUGCUUGUGAUGCAUUAUUCCAAAUGGACACUGGUGUUCCCCAAUCUGUUGGUGACAGAAGCAUGUCAAUAUUAUUUGAAGCCUGUACGAUUGCGAAGUAUAUUCAGUCUCUGGAGACAGAAAAGCAUUGGACAAAUGAAAGAAAAUGGGAAAUGGUUAGUCAUGUGUGGGUGGAGAUGCUAUCCUAUGCUGCCAGUCAGUGUCAAUGGCGGAACCAUGCGAAGUUACUCACAAGUGGAGGAGAGCUGCUCACCCAUGUCUGGUUACUAAUGGCUCAUCUUGGCAUUACAGAACAAUUACAUAUUUCUCAAGGUGAUGUAAUGCAGGUGAAAAUCCUGAAUACGAGGGCAAAUCUAGUCUAA